AUUUUUGAGGACACAGUUCGCUAAGAUAUCAUUAUGGCUAUCUGGUCUGUGCUUUUGUCAACUGUGUUGGUUGUUAGUCUUUCCUUUGCCGAUACCUUAGAUGAUAAGAAAUGCCAGUCUGGUGUGACCUUUCACGGCGAUACAGCUGACAAAAUUAUAGAACUACUUUCCAAUAGUGGUGGUAGUAAACAAAACGGGAAGUCCAAUUACAACAAUGAAAGGCCGGGAAAAGAUAAAGGACCAUGUUCCGGUGUGACCUUUCACGGCGAUACAGCUGACACAAUUGUAGAACUACUUUCCAAUAGUGGUGGUAGUAAACAAAACAGGAAGUCCAAUUACAGCAAUGAAAAGCCGGAAAAAGUUAAAGGUUCAUGUUCAGUCAAAAGACCAUCGGACUGUGGUGACUUAGAUAAAUCUACUUGUAAAAGUGGAAUCUACCAGAUUUACCCUGAAAAGACUUCCAGUUUCAAAGUUUUUUGUGAAAUGGAGAAGAAUGGAGGGGGUUGGACAGUAUUCCAGCGAAGGAUGAAUGGAAAAAUCAAUUUCUUUAGAAAAUGGGAAUCGUAUAAAACUGGAUUUGGAAAUUUGAAUGGAGAACAUUGGUUAGGAAACGAUCACUUGCAUCAGCUGACUUCACAAAGAAGGUACACGCUUCGGAUAGACAUGUCCGACUUUGAAAACAAUAACAGACAUGCUGUCUAUAGCAAAUUUUUUGUUGGAAGUGAAAGCGCAGGAUAUAAAUUAGAUAUCUCUGGUUACUCUGGGGACGCAGGUGAUUCUAUGAAUGUGCAUCAAAAUGGAAAGAAAUUUACAACGAUUGAUAAAGAUCAAGACGCACAUGGCGAAAACUGCGCCAAAUAUUAUAAGGGUGGCUGGUGGUAUGGCGCAUGUCACCAAUGCAACUUGAAUGGCCUCUAUCUGAAAGGAAGCAGCACGUAUGGUGAAGGAAUUAACUGGUAUACAUGGAAGGGUCUUAAAUACUCACUAAAGACAACAACUAUGAUGAUUCGAAGAUCAUAAACUGAUAUACAUAUUUCAAGAAAAUUAAA